CUAAAACUAUUCUCACAUCUUCAAGAGCUCAUCUAAAUGGACAAGAAAAAUGAUGGUGCUAAAUCUGGUAAUGUAGCACAAACUGAUGGCACGGGGAAUAUGGUGGCGCCAGGGACUGGAGGUGCAGUUCAGAUUCCUCGAGAUGCUUUUGAAGCAAACACUAAGGCUUAUUUUGACGACCUUCAUGCCAAGGACAAGCAUCUUUGUUGUUAUGCUCCUAUGAUGUGA